GUUUCUCAAUACGAGGACUAGCAUUGUAAAAUGUAUUUCUUAUAUUAUUUUAUCGCAUGUUAUUCAUCAAUAUUGAUAGCUACAGUAUCCAGCUACGUGGUACUGGUGGGUAACCUCCAUGAUUUUAAAACUAUAAUAAAGAAAAUAGGAUCAGAAAAUCUGGCCACUCAAAUCGAAGAUAUGGUUGAAGGUAGAUAUAAUGCUAGAAAAUUACAAAAAACUAAAGAACAGAACGAUGAGAUAAAUGAAUAUUCAGAUGAGAAUGCAAGAAGUCAGCAAGACACUUUUUAUGAGAUCACAACCCCUACUGUUAAACUAUAUAGGAAAUACGCAAUGACUGAUGAACUCCAGAGUAACGAGAGAGAGAAGGUAUCACAUGGUCGUUCAUCUCGACUGUCUGAACUUACAGUAGAUGAUAUAGUAAUGAAAGUGAAACAAAAGCUACAUCAAGAACUACUGAGCAAUGGUGGUAAAGCCAAAGUUAAAUCGCAAAGGGAGAGAAUACCAUUGGGUGCAAAUAAAUCCGUACGUAAAAAGCAUAAGAAAUCAGCUCAACUGCCUUCACCUACUAAUUUUGAGCAGAACCUCCAAGCUUAUGAUAUAAAUCCUCCAGAUAAGGGUGUCAAAGAAGCUCAGUUUGAUGACGAUCAAGUUCCAGAAGGUUCUCCACCGCAAGUUGUGCAAAAACCGGUAAAAACCAAAAUGAAACAUGGAUCGAAAGUGUCUUCAUCAAACGCUCAAAAACAGGGUAGGAUUAAAAAGAAAAAAAGAGUUCAACAUGUUAAAGAUUCAGAUAAUCAAGUACAGAGAGAUUUGCCCAAAAAAUUGAGAAAAACAAAGAAGGAAGCUGGAAAGAAAAUUCGUAAAACAACGCCUAUGACCACUUUGGAAGCACCACAAGUUGAUAAUGAGGCUGUAGCUGCCAAUUUGGAGAGUAUACCAAGCCCGAAUCACGGCGACCAAGAUAUUUUCGAAGCAGUGAAUCUACAAAAAUCACAUGACAGCUAUGAAGAUUACGUAACUCCUGCAAAAGAGGAUAUGUUUGAGAGUGAAGAGGCCACAACUUCAUUUUCACCAUUUACCAUCAAUCUAAACCCCAAAACGUCAACAGCUCCUACAGCAGUAAUGGAAGCUUUAGCAGAAGACAUUGAAGAAACGGCUAAAGAUGGCGUUGUAGAAUAUGAGGUUGAAUCACCCAAAGCGCAAACAGAAAGUGUUUCUUAUGAAGAAAAAGAAACUAUAAGCGAUUCGAAUGUGACAUCAACAGAUCCACCUAAGGUUGUCUCGAAGAAACCUAAAUUAGGUACGAUGAUACCUACUAGAGAAUUUUAUAAGUUAAGUAGUCCUAAUUACUAUGGAAAACUACCAACUGUUGCUGAAAAAUAUAAUUUUGAUGAACCUAUACCGGAGGCAGAUAGGGAACAUGAAGAUUUGAAGCCUAUAGCAAACCCACCAUCUAGUGUUAAUGGAAAAGUAAAGUUGUCCUAA